GCUAUGGCUGCUUUUCAGAGGCGCCGGGACUGCAGAGGACGAGUCUUGCUUUGUUUUCUCCUGGGGAUGUUGGGGAAUACUCGGGCCACCCAGAUCCGCUACUCUGUGCCUGAGGAGAUGGAGAAGGGCUCUUUCGUGGGCGAUGUGGCCAAGGACCUGGGGCUGCAGUCUUGGGAGCUGGCGGAGCGCGGAGUCCGCAUAAUCACCAGAGGUAAGAAGCAGCAUUUUGCUCUGAACAUCAGAAGCGGCAGCUUAGUCACCGCGGACAGAAUAGAUAGGGAAGAGUUCUGCUCUCAGAGCUCCCAGUGCCUGCUGAAUUUCAAUGUGUUGGUGGAGGAUAAAGUAAAACUCUUUGCAGUAGAAGUAGAAAUAACAGAUAUUAAUGAUAAUGUACCGAAGUUCCAAGUAGAACAAGUAGAAGUUAAAAUCACUGAAGCCGCAGCUCCCGGAAUGCGAUUCCCUCUUCCGGAAGCCUUUGAUCUGGAUGUGGGGAUGAAUUCCCUCCAGAGCUAUGAGCUAAGUCCCAAUCACCACUUUUCUCUGCUUGUGCAAAGCCGAGCUGACGGGGCCAAAUACCCAGAAUUGGUGCUAGAGAGAGCCCUGGACCGGGAAGAGAGGCCUGUUCACCACCUCAUUCUCACGGCCUCGGAUGGGGGAGAUCCAGUGCUUUCCGGCACAGUUCAAGUCCGAGUGACUGUCCUCGAUGUGAAUGACAACGCGCCAGUGUUUACUCAGUCAGUGUACAGUGUCAGUAUUCCCGAGAACGUGCCUAGGGGGACGCUUCUGCUCACGGUGAAUGCUACUGAUCCAGAUGAGGGAGUCAGUGCGGAAGUGACCUAUUCAUUCCGGAGACAAAAUGAAAAAAAGCUACAGAUAUUCCAGAUUAAUGCAAGGACUGGGGAAAUAACAAUAUCUGGAGAUCUGGACUACGAAAAAUCAAACUUCUAUGAAAUAGAAAUACAAGCUGAGGAUGGAGAUGCUUUUUUAGCAAGAGCUAAAGUACUGGUUACCGUCUUGGAUUUAAAUGACAAUAGCCCAGAAGUGACUAUCACCUCUCUAUUUAGUCCAGUGACAGAAAAUUCUCCCCUGGGGACCGUAAUUGCCCUUUUAAAUGUACAUGACGGAGACUCGGGGGAGAAUGGCCUUGUCACAUGCUCGGUCUCGGAGAAUCUUCCUUUUAAACUAGAAAAGUCGAUUGAUAGUUAUCAUCGUUUGGUGACGGACAGAGCCCUAGAUAGAGAGAAGGUUUCUGCAUACAAUAUCACCAUAACAGCUCUAGAUCAUGGAACACCACCCCUGUCCAUAGACACUCACAUCUUUCUGCAGGUGGCAGACAUCAAUGACAACCCUCCCACCUUUGGUCAGCCAUCCUACUCUGCCUACAUGGAGGAGAACAACGUUAGAGGGGCUUCCAUUUAUUCUGUGACUGCCUGUGAUCCAGACAGCGAAGAGAACUCCCAUAUCACCUACUCUAUUGAGGAAGAUAUCUUCCACGGGGCACCUCUGUCUUCCUAUAUCUCUAUUAAUUCAGAGAAUGGCAUCCUCUAUGCUCUGAGCCCCUUUGAUUAUGAACAGUUCCGGGACUUGCAGGUACAAGUGACAGCUCGAGACUCGGGGAACCCGCCUCUCAGCAGCAAUGUGUCCCUGACUCUAUUCAUCCUGGAUCAAAAUGACAAUGCCCCAGAAAUUCUGUAUCCUGCCUUGCCCACCGAUGGCUCCACAGGAGUAGAAUUGGCUCCUCGGUCUGCAGAGCCAGGUUACCUGGUUACCAAGGUGGUGGCAGUGGAUAAAGACUCUGGCCAGAACGCCUGGCUGUCCUACCGUCUACUCAAGGUCACAGAACCUGGGCUCUUCUCUGUGGGUCUACACACUGGAGAAAUCAGAACUGCCAGGGCUUUCAUGGAUAAAGACACUCUCAAACAGAAUCUGCUGGUGGUGGUCUCUGACAAAGGGGAACCGCCUUUGUCUGCCACUAUCAGUGUGACAGUGGCAGUGGCCAACAGCAUCCCCGAGAUCCUCUCAGAUCUUAGCAGCCAAGAGGCAUCCUCUGACCUCGAAAACUCUAGCCUCACAUUCUACCUAGUCAUCGCUGUAGCUUCAGUUUCCUCCUUGUUUUUUGCCUUCAUCAUUGUCUUGCUGGCACUCAGGAUAUGGAGGUGGCAGACCUCCCAGCUCUUAGGUUCAGGCAGCGACCAUUUAGGGACUGUCCCUGCUUCACAGUUCUUGGGCAUCGAUAGAGUUCAAGCUUUUCUCCAGACUUAUUCUCAUGAGGUUUCUCUCACCACUGACUCUCGGAAGAGCCAUUUGAUAUUUCCCCAACCCAACUAUGCUGAUACCCUCUUAAGUCAGCACAGCAGUGAAAAAACGAAACCACUCUUAGUACCAGAGGAUUCGAGGUGUUCCGUUCAUGAUCCUCCUUUGGCUCCCGUGAGUUCCUGUUCUCAUCUAUUUUGCUCUUGUUUCUUCACUCUCUAA